GUUCAAAACCAGUAUCAUUUAAUUGCAAGCCUAAAGCCAAGCAAUAUCUAUUCGUUGUUCUGAACGUUCUUAGCUUCUGACAAAAAUGGCAUUCAAAUUCUUUGCUCUACUCGCCUUGGUAACAGUUGCCAGCGCCGCAGUUCUUCCUGUUGCCCUGAAGCACAUUGAAUACCACGAUGCCCCUGCUGAGUACCAGUUCUCUUAUUCUGUCCAUGAUGAUCAUACCGGAGACAUCAAGAGCCAACAGGAGGAACGCCACGGAGAUAAUGUCGUGGGACAAUACACCCUGAUCGAUGCCGAUGGAUACCGCCGAAUUGUUGACUACACCGCCGAUGAACACAAUGGCUUCAAUGCCGUCGUCCGCCGUGAACCUCUGACUCAGAAGAUCGUCAAAGCUGUCGUCCCGGUAGCCAAGGUCGCUAUCCCAGUGGCAAAGAUUGCAUACCCAACUUACUACCACCAUUAAGCCAUCUACGGAAUGAGAUUGCCAGUACGAAAGACUGCUGAAUUGUUUUGUAGAAUAAAAUAAUUUAUUGAAAUUCAA